AUGUGCACCUCGGAGCUCUUCACCACCAGGUACGCCGACGGCACCGAGAAGCUCAGGCGCCAGGACAACCGCUGCUCUCAGGUUCCGCCCGGCUUCCUCUGCGCCAACCCGCGCAUCGUCAACCACCCCACCAACUACGAGACCGCGGCCUCAUCACACCUCCCUCCCACCCCGCGCCUGACGCCCUACGGCUCCCCGCGCCCCUCCACGCCCCUCGCCUACUCGUCUGCCAAUGAAUCUGAUAACUCACGCCGCAGCUCAGACCGCAAGCGUGUCUACAUCUCUGGCCAGAAGGUCAUUGACGUGACUCGCAAGUCUGGCAAGGCCCGAGCCCGUGACGAACGCAUCAUCAUCGUCGACGGGCCUCCCACACCCCGCACUCCGCCUCAGCACUUUGGUAUGCCAUUUACCGCGCCUUCGUCGCCAAGGACAGGAUACCAAAUGGCAUCUUCCCACUAUGCUCGCCGUGAGAGGGAGCACGACACACUCCGCCCCGUCAUUGUUGACGAGAGGCCGAGCCGCCAUGUCCACUUUGACGCAGCACCCGCCGCCUACCAGCCCUCCAGCUCCCGCCGGCACCACGUGGCGGAGCCUACCUACGUUGCCCCCUCGUCUGACGACGAACGUCGGCGUCGACGCUCACGCCGCGAAACACGCUAUCACGAUAACGAAGAAUACCAGCGCCAGGCUGACCAUGAGCGCGCCGCCGAGCUCGAGCGCAUCAUGGCUGCCCGCGAGAGCCGCCGCCAACCCCAACAGGAGGCUGACCCCGAGCUUGACCGUAACAUCCGCAAGGCCGAGCGCAUCGCCCGCCUCAACGAGCGGAUCGAUGCCCGUCCUGCCGUGCCCAUCCCUACCCUGAGGCGCACAGCAACCGACUUUGCCGGCGAGGAGCGAGAGCGUGAGCUGCGAGAGGCGGUCCGCGGUCUCGACCUCGGCGACAGACCCCUACGACGUUCUCAAACAAACACUGCUGUGCCCCGCCGCGAAGCGCGAAGGGAGCAGCAGGCCAUCGAGGAGGAAGAGGAGGCGCAACGCAGGCGCCUGGCUGAGAGGAUGAUGCCGCGCCGACGAGCCACAGUGGGCCCCGGCAGCAGGCGGCACCGAGUCCUGUACGAUGAUGGCGUGUACCGUUGGGAGUAA